GAAAUUUUCUUUCUUGUCCUGCCCCUGGCGCCAACCCGGCCUUAACGCGAGAUAGAUAAAUAAUUCAUCUUCAUCCUAUUUCUCCCUCAAAAUUCUCAACCGCUCUCUCCGCAGAAAUCUGAAAUCCGAUUUCAUCUCUCUCGCAAUGUCGAGAUCAUCUGCAGCAGCGCCCGUGGAACUCGAUUUCUUCCGUCUGGAGAAAGAGGCCGCCGCAAAGCCUCCUCCGCCUUCCAAGCUCUUCGAUCGCCGGAGAAGCUUCCGUGCCAUUUCAAAAAUUAAUCCGGAGCUUCUUAAGAAUGUGAUUGCUACUGCCUCCGCCAGUUGUGCAUCCACCAGUGAUUUGGCUGCUCCAAAGCCCUCCUCCUAUCUUUCUUCACCUUCUUCCAAGGAGGAUCAGCUUCUCUCUCCUUCCAUGGAGUCUACUCCCUUGACUGUUUUCUACAAUGGAACUGUCGCCGUUUUUGACGUCCAUCCGCUCCAGGCGGAGAAUAUUCUGAGACUUGCUCAUGAAGGCAUCUCCCAAACUUCAGACUCCGCUCAUUCCAUCGGCGUGGAUAAGCUUAGCGGAGAUAUGCCAUUACACAGAAGGAUGUCACUGCAAAGGUUUUUACUCAAGCGGAAAGAGAGGUGCAUAAUGGCGGCGCCCUAUGCUUAUCCUUCCAACUCCGCGUUUGGAAACUGAAAUGUGCUUAGCGGCUAAUGAUACAUCAUUAUCUAAAAUGGGGUUUGACUAUUUCUUUAAGAAACGAACAUUAUCGCUUAAUUACUUUUUGGUACUGUAAUUGCACGUUUUAGUAGUGGGAUGUACUGUUUUUGAAGUUCGGGAAAGUAUUUAUUGGCAACUACUACUAGUACCAGUAUUCAUACACUAUUACUAGUACAAGUCCACCAAUUUCCUUCACUUUCCUUGACUUUUCCUCCUUUGGUAGUUUGGUCUCAUCUCUUUAUUUGUAUUAUUAUAGCUAGGGUCUAUUUCAAAUUUCGCACCAUUAUAUUUGUUUAUCUUAAUUUUAAAUUGUAGUUUGUACUUUUAUGAGCAUUAGGACUUUUGUAUUUUAGUUAUACUGGAUCUCUGUAUUUCAGUCUAUCAGUAAUUUUGUAUUGUAUUGUAUUUAUUCUGUUGUAUUGUGUGACUCUGUGAUCAAUCCAGAAUAUUCAGUUCUCAUC